AUUAAACUAUUUAGAAAAUAUCACCGUCACAUUAAUCAUCAACCAAAUUAACCCUUUUAUUUCCCCAAAUUGUGAUUUCGUUGGAUUUUGGUGGGGCUGUGGCCUGUGGAUGCCUAAUCGGUUUUCACUUCACAUCCCGGUGACGUCAGCAUCGGUUUCUGCGUGCGCAAAGUCGCUUGCUUUUGGUGCCCCCAAAUUCCCAUUUGCUAUUAACGUGAUCCUCUCUCAAUUCCUUUUCAGUAAUCGAAUUAGGGUUUUCAAAAAGUCUUCCCUUUUUCCCUUCGUCCUGUGGUUCCGUGAAUCCCUUCAAGAACAAUCACCCUAGCAUGUAGGUUGGUGAUGAGCGGUAAACCCUAUUCCAAAUGCUGACUUGCAUUUGGGGUGUCUUUUCAAACUACAUUCUUUCUGGAAUUCGAUAAUAGGUGAUUCUUGAAUUAAGUUGAUCAUAGAAUAGAAGCUUAUGGAGUCGUAUUUGUAGCUUCUGAGAAUUUUGGUUUGGAGCUGUUGGCUAAAAGAAGGUGCUCCUUCAGAAAGUGGGGUAUUUUGCACAUGGCUCCAAAUCUGAGGCUAAGAUUGUGUGUUCCCUUGUUGUUUUUGUUGUUGAGUUUUCUCUUGAAUUCUAAUGCGGAAUUGGAUCAUCGAGUUUCACAUAAGGUCAUAGCUGCUCCUCAUAAAGAUGUGGGGACAAAUGUAAUUGAUGGCACCGGUGUAGAGAAUGCUUUUAAUUUUGAGAAUGGCAAUAGCGUGGUGGGUAGUAGGAAGGGUGGAAGCAAUAAGGUUUCGGUUUCAACUGUUGCGUUGUUUACGCUGGCAAUGGCAGCUGCCACUGGUUUAGGUGCCGUGCCAUUCUUCUUUGUGGAGCUUGAUCCGCAGUGGGCUGGAUUAUGUAAUGGAAUGGCUGCUGGUGUCAUGUUGGCAGCGAGCUUUGAUCUGAUCCAGGAAGGGCAGGAGUUUGGUGCUGGAAAUUGGGUUGUCACUGGGAUUCUUGCUGGUGGAAUCUUUAUUUGGCUAUGUAAGAAGUUUCUUGAGCAGUAUGGGGAAGUAAGCAUGUUGGAUUUAAAAGGUGCUGAUGCUACCAAAGUUGUUCUUGUUAUUGGAAUAAUGACUCUCCAUUCUUUUGGGGAGGGAUCUGGUGUUGGGGUCUCAUUUGCUGGGUCAAAGGGUUUCACUCAAGGCCUAUUGGUAACUUUGGCUAUUGCGGUACACAACAUUCCUGAGGGCUUAGCUGUGAGCAUGGUACUUGCAUCAAGGGGUGUCUCUCCACAGAAUGCUAUGUUAUGGAGCAUAAUUACAUCUUUACCCCAGCCAAUUGUAGCCGUUCCUUCAUUUAUUUGUGCUGAUGCAUUCAGCAAGUUUCUUCCUUUUUGUACGGGAUUUGCUGCUGGGUGCAUGAUUUGGAUGGUUAUUGCAGAAGUGCUUCCUGAUGCUUUCAAGGAAGCCUCAGCUUCACAGGUUGCAUCAGCUGCAACCCUUUCUGUAGCAUUUAUGGAAGCUCUGAGCACAUUCUUUCAGAAUUUCAGUCAUGACUACAACUCUGAGGAUGCUUCUGGCUUUUUUGUUUCAUUACUUUUUGGUCUCGGCCCUUUACUUGGAGGAAUUAUUCUUGUUGUAUUUGCUCUUGCCUUACGUCUUCAGCAUGCUCUCCUCAUGAGCACCGCAUGUGGUAUUGCCUUUGUUCUUGGUGCCUGGCGACCAGUGCAGCUUAUUUUGUCUUCAAAAUUGGGAUUUUUUCCUGUUUUGUUACUCCUUGGAAUGGGGGCUGCUUUCAUCCAUGUUUCAUCAUCUGGUGUAUUAAAGGUGGCAGCAUCCAAAAAAGCCUCAGUCAAUGACUUACCUACACUCACCGGUUUCCCACUCAGUGUUCACACCCUUCAAUCAUUCAUAUCAUGCGGUGCAGUUGCAUUUCACGCUUUGGCUGAAGGACUUGCAUUGGGAGUGGCUGCACCAAAAGCAUACGGACUUGGUCGUCAUAUGGUCCUUCCAGUCUCUCUACACGGGCUUCCCCGAGGUGCAGCCGUGGCUAGCUGCAUAUUUGGAGCCACUGAUAGCUGGCUCGGUUCUCUUGCUACAGCUGCCAUAAUUGGAUUCAUGGGACCAAUAUCAGCAAUAGGAGCUAUUCUUACUGGUAUUGACUACAGUGGUCUUGAUCACAUAAUGGUUCUUGCCUGUGGUGGAUUGAUCCCUAGCUUUGGAAAUGUAGUAAAGAGAGCUCUAAGUUUGGACAAGAGGAAAAGCACCUGUGGCCUCAUCAUGGGUAUUGGAUUUGCUACUUUAUGUCUAACAUUCACUAGGUUGGUUUGUUUACAUACACCUUACUGCAAUUCUGCACCAGAAGCUGUCAGAUAAGAGUCUAGUGCUACCUUUGCCACAUGCUCUAUUGUUACUCUUGUAACAGUAGUAUACAUUUCUGUAAUUCGGUUUCUUGAAGCAUGGUUGCCCUAAUUUGAAGAGAUCCAUGGUAAAGAAACAAGAAAGAGCAAUUCAAAUGGAAGUUCCCUAAGAUGAAGGCAGAUUUACAAGUGACCAAAGUUUUCAUUUAGAAGAUAUCCAUUGGCGUCAUAUUUUAGUGCUUACCUGUAUAUACAGUUUUACACAUGAUCUAAAUUUGCCGACAAUGUAAAACUAUUGAGAAGUGAAACAGAUGAUAUCUUUUUUAUUAUUAUUCGGCGCUUUAUUUAUGAAUUGAAUCGAUAUUUUACAA